AUGAGGUUACUACAGGUUCUUUGUCUCCUUCCUCUAGCCACGGCCUUCGGGUCAUCGUGGUACCAUAAUGCCUUCCCCUGGCAAAAGCCACUAUCCGGCUCAACCGUCAACGGCGUACAUUUCCCAUCACUACUGGAUGCCGACCUCGAGGAUCUAGCUGCCGGGCUCGAGAAAGGCCUAUUCACAAGCGUUGAUCUCGUCACUGCCUACACCCGACGUAUCCUGGAGGUAAACUCGACCCUCAAGGCGGUCACCCAGCUCAACCCCGAUGCCCUCACGAUAGCGGCAGAGCUGGACGCUGCUCGAAGCAGCGGCGCUGUAAAAGGCCCGUUACAUGGCAUCCCGAUCCUGCUCAAAGACAACAUCGCCACGGCAGACAAGAUGGACAAUACAGCCGGGUCAUACGCUUUGGUCGGGGCCAAGGUGCCCGAGGACAGCACAGUGGCCGCCAAAUUGAGGAAAGCCGGGGCCAUUAUACUGGGGAAAACAAACCUGUCUGAAUGGGCAAACUCUCGCAGUAAAAACUAUACUUCGGGCUGGUCAGCCACCGGAGGCCAAACCGAAGGAGCAUACUAUCCCCAGCAGGACCCAUCCGGGUCUUCAUCCGGCAGCGGCGUAGCCAUCGCUCUCGGUCUAGCCCUAGCUUCUCUCGGAACCGAGACACACGGCUCCAUCCUCGCCCCCUCAGACGCCAACAACCUCGUAGGCAUCAAGCCCUCCGUCGGCCUCACCUCUCGCUACCUCGUUGUCCCCAUUUCCGAGCACCAAGACACCGUCGGGCCCAUGGCCCGCACCGUCAAAGACGCCGCCUACCUCCUCUCUGCCAUUGUCGGCCGCGACCCCAACGACAACUACACCUCCGCCAUCCCCUUCCCCACAGACCAACCCCCCAACUACGUCAGCGCCUGCGAUUACUUCGCCCUGGGCGGCGCUCGCAUCGGCGUGCCGCGCAACUUGAUCGAACUCGACGACCAGUCCUUCGCUCCCAUCCUGCCCGCCUUCGAGAAAGCUCUCUCCACCCUCCGCUCCGCAGGCGCCACCAUCAUCGACGACCUUGUUUUGUCUGGGUACGAGACCCUCAAAAAAGAAAACUUCUCCUUCGAGUCCAUCGUCAUGAACACCGAUUUCCCGCGCAACCUAGCCUCGUACUUCUCGCAACUAACUAUAAACCCGCACAACAUCUUGUCGCUCAAAGACGUCGAGCGGUUCACGCAUUCCGACCCGCGGGAAGAGUGGCCGCUGAAGGACACGCUAGCGUGGGACCGCGCGUUUAAUGUUAGUUCUACUACUUCGGACGCAGAGGCGUGGGGGAAUUAUACCGCUUUGCAGCGCUACGCUGGUGGCGCGGAGGGGCUUUUUGGAACACUAAGAAGGCAUAGUUUGGAUGCAAUGGUUUUGCCUACCCUUUGGUCGACGACGUUGCCAGCGGUGUUGGGGAGUCCUGUGGUUUCGGUGCCGAUGGGGAAGUAUCCUGAGGAUGCCCGAAAACUGAAGAAUGGGUAUGGAAACCAGUGGUUGGUGGCGCCGGGGGUGCCGUUUGGGUUGGCGUUUAUGGGGGAGAGGUUUAGUGAGAAAAGGCUGAUUGGGUUGGCGUAUGCGUAUGAGCAGAGGACGAAGGUGAGGGGACAGGUGAGGCCGUAUUUGGUGCCGAGGACGGAGGUGGGGGAUGUUGUUGUUGGGAAGGGGAAGGGAAGGGGGACAGAGGCCAAGGAUUGCACGGGCAUAGCCGAAAGGAAAGGAUGA